AAUUAAUGUUCAAAAAAGUAUCAUUGGGCUGCCGCAAAUGGUAUCGGCGAGCGGCAAACAGGUGUACGACAGGACGGACAUCGCCACGGUACCCGCCAACGACAGUCACCAUUACGUCUGGACUGGGAAAUCGUACGAAAAGGGAACGAAAGUUUCCGUCACCGCACAGGACGAGUUUGGCUGCUCGGGCAGGGAGGGCGUACACUUCAUGGAAACAAUCAAAGCCAACUCGACCUAUCGCAAGUCCCUUUUUAUAUUGGUCGCCAUCGCGGUGGUAGGACUGUGCCUGCUGGCGACGGGGAUUCACGGCUUCUUUGCUCACCUGAGGCGACAGAGGGACCGCCGAUUUUCCUCACCAUCACCCUCGAGCAGGCAGCUCCACUCGGUGUUCCGUAACCCAAAGAUCGAAGCUCUCCUGAAGCACCACAACGCCCUGUACUUUGACCUGCACGCGACCGAGGGCGCCCAUCAUCAUAAAGAUCCCGGGGACGAGCUUGAGAUCCCGUACUCGCGUCUGCGGGUGUUGCGCGAGCUCGGCCGCGGCCAGUUCGGCAAGGUCUAUCUGGCCGAUCUGCUGGGCGGACGACCCGUCGCCGUGAAAAUGUCGCUCGGCGGCUCCACCGCGCAAGAGCAAUCAGGGGCGCGACGGGAGCUGCUCAAGGAAAUCGAGAUCGCUAGGAGCGCCGGCUCGCAUCCCAACCUCGUUGGUAUGAUCGGGUACUGCACCGCGGCCGCGAGCCCGGUUUGCCUGGUCCUCGAGUACGCCAGCCGGGGCGAUCUUUUGACCUAUCUGCACGAGGCGCGCGACAAAGCUACUCACUACACGAGGAGAGCGAGUGGAGGGGCAUCCCGGGUAUUCCACGUCGGGGACCACUGCGAGUCGGGUCCGCUCAGCCACGCGGAAACGACGCGCUUCGGCUUGGAAAUAGCCAGAGGUAUGGAGCACCUGGAAGCCAGGGGCAUCGUCCACCGGGACCUCGCCGCGCGCAACGUCCUCAUGGACGGGAACCUCGUGCUCAAGGUCUCCGACUUUGGGCUGUCGCGGAGGGGCGCGUACACCCUGGGCCUGUCCCCGGAGGUGCGCCGACUGCCGAUACGCUGGAUGCCGCCGGAGGCCGUGGGCCGAGGGGUCUUUACGAGCAAGAGCGACGUCUGGUCGUACGGGCUCGUGCUCUGGGAGAUAGCUAGCCUCGGGGACCUUCCGCACCCGAGGAUCCCGGACGACCAGCUGUUGGGUUUCCUUGUGGAGCGGGAGGGCAGACCGGAGCCCCUUGGCUGCGACCCCAUGCGCCGGAUUAUGGACGGGUGCUGGAGCAGGAAGCCCGAGGGCAGGCCUCACUUUUGGCAGAUCGUCGGGUGGCUGGAGAACGAGGGACACGCCACCAGUAAGAACAACCCGGCGUACGGGGAGCUCGCGUGAGGUUUUACAUUUGCAUCUUCGGCAAACACGCGCACCCCCGUCCGAGCGUGCUUUUGGGAGCGCGUAGCCGAACGACAAUAAUUGAAUCUUCUCACAAGUUGUAGCUAAUUUUUAUUCAUUGGGUAUUUCGUCCAUUUGUACGAAUGAUCGGAGAUAAAAGGGUACACGCGUAUAUCAUUAUACAUACUCCGUUGUGAAACACUUGGGUACCUACUUUGCUCUUAUAUCUCCAUCUCUCUUGUACGCGAGCUUGGUCGUUGUGUGGAGCUAAAAAUAAUUUGCCUUACAUAACUCGGUAUUUUAUACUUAUCUGAUCACGGGAUACAACAGCUCGUGAAAACUAUAUGUGUUUGCAUAUUAGAUUGUUGGUAUACAUACUAUACGUGUGUAUAUGUAUAUUCGCAGGGGACGAGAGCAGAGUGUGUUAUAAUGUACCCAAGUAGUGCCAUUUCGACAA